GGCCGAGUGCAGUACAGGGCGGCGAGCCCGACUGACCGGCGUGCGGGAGGCGCGUGGUGGUGUGCGGUGUGCUGACGGCGGGAUUGCGGACCACGGGGACUGCUCCGUGUCGACACGGUGUUCGGAGUCGGGUCUGUUGACGGUGGGGUUCUGCGGUGCCCGGUGGCGAGGGCUGUGUGACAGCGCGCAGCUGACGGAGGAGACGUCCCGGUGACGUCGGCCACACCAGCCAUGGAGACGGCGACUGCGACGGCCAAUGGCGGCGCCGGCGACGCGCCCGACACCAACGGCCUGUCAGAGGAGGAGCUGGAGCGGCAGAGGAUGCGGCCCGCCGAUGUCGACGCCGACAUGAGGGAGAUGAGUCGACGGAAACGCGUCGAGGCUGUCCUCCAGUCGCCCGCCUUCAGGAUGGAGCUGGACCGUCUGGUGGAGGCCGGCAUGACGCAGGGCAACUGUGUGGGCGGCUCCACCCUCUCCGAUAUGCUGGGCUUGGUGCGCGCAGGACCCGUCACUGGCCGAGCGGGGAUGCAGUGCGUGCAGCCGAUCGCCGACCUGCGCGGGGCCGAGGCGGCGCAGCUCACCAAGCCGGAGAAGAUGCUGCGCUGUAAGCUGGCCUCGCUGCUGCGCGUGAUGGACAUGUUCGGCUGGGCGCAGGGCGUCUGCAACCAUGCCACGGUGCGGCUGAGCCAGGAUCUGGAGCACUUUCUGGUGAACCCGUACGGCCUGCUGUACGGCGAGAUCACGGCCGCCUCGCUGCUCAAGGCUGACAUGCAGGGCAACAUCGUGGCCGCCGGCAGCAGCGGGCUCGGCCUCAACAGCGCCGCGUACGCGCAGCACGCGGCCAUCCACGCGGCGCGGCCGGACCUGCGCGUGGUGUUGCACGUGCAGGAGCCGGCCGUGGUGACGGUGUCGGCGCUGCGGGCCGGCCUGCUGCCGCUCACCGAGCACGCCUGCGUACUGGGUGAGGUGAGCGUGCACCGGCUGCCGGCCGACGGCGCCGACCCCGAGCACCAGCGGCUCACCCGCGACCUGGGCGUGCACAACAAGGUGAUGCUGCUGCAGAACCGUGGCGCCCUCUGCUGCGGAGAGAACAUCGAGGAGGCCUUCUUCCUGCUCUCACACCUGGUGGCCGCCUGCAAGAACCAGGUGGUGAUGAUGCCUCUGGGCGUGGACAACCUGACGCUGGUGGACGAGGCGCAGCGGCAGCUGGUGUUCGAGGAGUCGCGCCGUCCGCCCACCCGGCCCACACUGUCCUCCUCCGGCGAGGAGCGGCCCUCCCCGCGCAGCCAGUGGCGGCUCGGCGAGCUCGAGUUCGAGGCCCUGAUGCGAGUCAUGGACAACGCCGGCUACCGGACCGGACACAUCUACCGGCACACGAUGCGCGCCGAGGCGCCGGCCCACCAGAGCGACGUGGAGUACCCGCCGGCGGCCAGCUCCUACCUGGCAGAUAUCGACGACGUCUUUAAAUACAGUCCGAUGCGGAAGACCCGGCCUGGCGAGCGGACCCGCUGGCUCAACACACCCAACGUCUACCAGAAGGUCGAGAUGCUCGAGACGGGCACCAACGACCCCAAGACCAUCUACAAGUGGGUGCCAGACGGAUCUCCCUCGCACGGCAACACGCCCAUCAAGGUGGACGCUGCCCUGCAGUUUGUGCCCAAGAACACCAACCCCAAGGAGUUCAAACAGCUCCAACAGCAGAUCAAGGAGAACCGCCGCGGCGGCGGUGUGAGCGCCGGCCCCCAGUCACACAUCUUGGAGGGGGUGUCCUGGGACGAGGCGCGUCAGCUGCAGGAGGCGGCGGAACAGCGUGCCGGCGGCGACCAGGUGGUACUCGUCGGAGCUGCCUCCAAGGGUAUCAUCCAGCGCAACUACCAGCACAACGCCACCGUCUACAAGACACCCUACGCCAAGAACCCGUUCGACCAGGUCACCGACGAGGACCUCGAGGAGUACAAGCGCUUCGUCGACCAGAAGAGCCGCGGGGCCAGCGUGGAGGCCGAGGUGCCGGCGCCGGUGACGGAGGCGCCGCAGCACGCCGAGCGCGUCCAGCUGCCCAGCGACGGCGAGGAGGCCGACGUGAGCCGCAGCUCGGCGCCAGGUGACGUCUCAGCCGCCCCCGCCCCCGCCCCGGCCGCCGCCGCCGCCGCCGCCACCGCCGGCCGCGUCGAUUCCCCGCCCUUCUCUCCAUCCGACCACGAGGCGUCUCUGCCGCCGCUGCCGCCGCGCACGGACCGCGUGGCGUCGGUACAGGUGCCGCGCGCCUCACAGGCGCACCCCGUUACACUGACGGCCGACGGCAGCGUGUCAGAGGGUGAGCCGGAGUCUCCGCGCUCGGCCGGCCGGCCCGGCAGCCAGCCGCCAGUCUCCCCAGUCAGUCCGGCCGGUACCGGCUCCCCGGCCUCGCCGCGGGGCCUCGCCGGCACCCACUUCCCCAUGCCUCUGGCCGAGAACCCGCGCGUGAAGCCGGUGCCCCCGGUGCGCGCGCCCACAGCGCCGGCGCCGGCGCCGGCGCCGCGCUCGGGCACCGCUCAGCGUGACCUGACCGCCAACGGCGACGAGACGGACACCGGUCACAUGUCGACUGUGUCUCACACCGAUCAGGAGGAUAUCUCUACAAGUGAGGCAUCGAAGAAGGAUAAAAAGAAGAAGAAGGGCCUGAGGACACCCAGCUUCUUGAAGAAGAAGAAGGAUAAGAAGAAGGACAAAAAGGAAGAGGCGUCCAAGUAAACGAACGGCAGAUAUUAUUAAGCCACUGCCGGAGAGACGAAGUGAGCGGCAGCGCGCCAGUGGCUCGCCGAGUGUCGCCAGUGGCUCGCCGAGUGUCGUCAGUGGCUCGCCGAGUGUCGUCAAGGCUCGCCGAGUGUCGUCAGUGGUGCUCGCCGCCGGCCGCGAUACGACGACGGACAGACGGCGUCACACGCGUGUGUAAGUGAGAAAGAUAGAGUGAGUGAGUGAGACGCGAGCAAGAGAGCGCGCGGACUGUCCGCCGAGCCGCUGUGAGGAGAGCAGGACAGCGAGUCAACACGCGUGAUCGGGAGAGGACGAGAUAGAGAGACAGCCGCUGCCGCACGGUGUCCGAGGUGGCUGGAUGUGGCGGCCGCGCGGGUCCGGCGGCGCCCCGCCCGGUCCGCCGCCGGCAGCAGCCGCCCCGCCGCGAGACAGAGCUAUAUUACUACUACGCAUGUUUUAAAAUUCACGACAGCUUGUGUGCAUGUGUUCAUCGGAGUACCGCCUGUGGGCCGAAGCUGAAUCAGUGAUUGUUAGCUGUGCGCAGAGCCGUUGGUCGGCGGGUGUGGCCGUCGCUUUGGGCGUGUGCUGCGCGCCGUGCCGCCGCCGCCGCCGCCGCCGCCGCUGUAAGUACCGCUGCCUACUCCUCCGAUAUGUACCGCCCGACGCGACAGGGAGGAGGAGCAGAGGCCCAGCUGAACGGGCGACGACGCGGCUGUACCCCGCAUCGCCGCGCAGCGAGGCGCCGGAGACACCGCCGCCCCCGCCCCCGCCCCCGCCCCGAUCGUACGCAGCUGCCGCCUCCGCCCGGAGGGCCGCGUAUUCGCGCCCGGAGGCGGAUGGCGAGCCGCCCGCCCCCGCCCCCGCCCGGCCCCCGCCCGCAGGUCAAUCGUGCUUCUCGGAGAUUCACGUUACGUUCGUCUGAAACUUGGUUGCUACGGAUGCAGCUAUGUGAAAAUAGAGAGACACUUACAUUGUAGAACGAUUCUUAUUUACUCGCUGGCGCGCGCGCUCUUUUGUACACAGGCAGCCAUUUUAUCUGCAAGGUACCCAGCGGUGUGAAUACAGUUUGAUCUUCUGGUG